AUGGUCUCCGCAUUCCAGAUGCAGUCCUUCUACAGGACACCGCUAUCGGUAGAGACGAACGCUCAGAAGUUCUUCGAGGAGGAGGACGGCAACAUUCUUGACGAGAACAUCCUCGACCAGAGCGCGCUCGACUCGGGCUUGGAGAUGUCCCCGCCGAUGGCUGAGAGCAGGCGGGAUUCCUUUGGUGUGACCCCGUCGAUCUUCUCGCCCAAGACGGAGGACUGGCAGUCGGUCGAGAUGCAGUCGGUGCCCUCGAACAACCCUUUCUUCGAGGCGGCUCAGAGCAACAACCCGUUCUUGCGCAUGGACCAGAACCAGCAGGCGGCCUACCAGAGCCACGCCAACAACUGGCCCAUGACCAGCUCCGGUUCUGCGACCCCGCAGCUGCAGGCGUUCGACGGCCUCCCGGUCGAGUAUGAUGCCAACAACCUCAACAUGUUCCACCGGUCCGGCAACAUGCAGACCGCGACGCCCUUCACCACACCGGCGAACCCGGUCGCCAUGUUCCAGCAGCUCGGCCACGCCGCGCCUCAGUCGAUCCCGACCUCCCCGCAGAAGGAGGCCUGGAUGGGACAGGACCUCAAGGCCCAGGCCCUCAAGCGCCCGCGUCCGGCCAGCCCCAUCAUCCGCUCGCACAACGAGCUCCGUCGUGGUGAUGGCAUCCGCAAGAAGAACGCGCGCUUCGACAUCCCUGCCGAGCGCAACCUCAGCAACAUCGACCAGCUCAUCUCGCAGUCCACCGACGAGCAGGAGAUCAAGGAGCUCAAGCAGCAGAAGCGUCUUUUGCGCAACCGCCAGGCAGCGCUUGACUCGAGGCAGCGCAAGAAGCAGCACACGGAGCGCCUCGAAGAUGAGAAGAAGCAGUUCACCGAGGUCAUCGGCAGCCUCGAGGACACCAUCGCCAAGAUGGAGCGCGACAUGCAGAAGCUCUCGAUGGAGAAGCAGAACUACGAGUCGUACAUCCACGAGCUCGAGCGCAAGCAGGAGGACAUGAUCAGCGAGCACACCAUCGAGACGGGUGAGCUGCGCAAGAAGAUCUCCGUGCUGACCAACGAGGUGCAAUCCAUGGGCCGUGCCUCCACCACCGCGUCGGGCUUCCCCGGUGCUUUUAGCGAGAUGGACGGCAUGACCAUGGACUGCUCCUGGGACAACAUGCCGAUGUUUGGCGACUUCCCCAUGGAGCAGGGCACCCCCGAGGUCAAGCAAGAGAUGCAGAUUGUGGCGGCGAACAAGAAGUCCGAGGUGUCGCUGUCCGACUCCGAGAAGCCCGCCCAGCAAGGUGGUCUGCUCUUCAUGCUCUUCCUUGUUGGCGCCUUUGUGCUCUCGAGCCGGUCGUCGACCCCGAGCAUCCCGCGCGUCUCCGAGGAUGUGCGCGCCGCGUCCGCCACCCUCCUGGAGAACGUGCUCAAGGAUGCCGGCGUCUCGCAGGUCGCCUCCAGCCUCCAGGCCAUGGCCCCUCAGCCGUCGGGCACCGCCGCCGCCAACUGGGCCCAGGCCUCAGCAGCCGCGCAGCAGUCCUCGUCUCUGUCCAUGUCCGCGCCGAUGGUCGACAACGCCGUCGCUCCGUCGGUGCUGGGCGAGAUGGCGGACGCGCUGACGCGCCCUUCCGAGCAACAGACCAACGAGCAGAUCUUCUCGCUGUCGGCUGCGCAAUACAAUGACCUGACCUCCCAAGAUUUCCUCCAGCAGGCUGCCACGUCCGCCGAAAGGUCGACGAGCCAAGGGAGACGCAAUCUUGCCGAGGCCCUGGCCACCAUGCGCAGCUCCGGCAAGCAGUCGUCUGCUGCCGAGGUCUACACUCGGUCGCUGCUCUGGGACCAGAUCCCCGGCGACGUCGUCCGCACCUUUGCCAGGAUGGUCGCGGAGAGUAACAACGCCGCGGCCGUCUCUGGUGAGGACCGCGCUUAA